AUGUCAAAGAAUUUAGUAGCAGCUAUUAUUGGAGUAGGACCUGGUAUUGGGUUAUCAGUUUCUAGAAAGUUUGCAAAGGAAGGAUUCAAGGUUGCAUUGGUAUCUAGAAACAAGUCAAAGUUGGAUGGAUACUUGGAUGAUAUUAAAAAGGAGGGUGGUAAUGGUAUAACAGUGUCGAUGGACACGUCUGAUGAAAAGUCGGUCGAGCAAGGCUUUAAAGAGAUUUCAUCGCAACUCGGACCCAUCGAUGUACUCGUCUACAAUGUAUCGGGAUUCAAGUACGGACCACUCCAUACACUCUCUGCUCAAGACUUUGAAAACACAUGGAAGAGUUGUUGUUUGGGAGGUUUCCUCACCACCAAACAAGUCAUCCCAAGUAUGAUCGAUAGAAAACAAGGUACCAUCUUGGUGACCGGUGCCACAGCCAGUUUAAGAGGUGGUGCAAAUUUUUCAGCCUUUGCAUCGGGUAAGGCCGCCCUACGUGCAUUGAGUCAAUCAUUGGCACGUGAACUAUCGCCUCAAGGAAUUCACGUUGCACACGUUAUUAUCGAUGGUCAAGUUGACAUUAAUCGUGACUAUUCAACAAGACCAAAAGAUUCCUUUUUAAAUCCAGAUGAAAUUGCCAACAAUUAUUUUGCUUUAUAUCAACAAGACAAGACUACUUGGACACAAGAACUUGAUCUUAGACCAUUUACUGAAAAAUUCUAA